AUGGUUGAUUUGGUAUUGUUCCCAAUGGAUGUUAUGACGUGUGAAUUAGUGAUUGAAAGCUAUGCAUACAAUGCGGCCAAAGUGGCAUUGAACUGGAGAGAGUGGAGUCCAGUUUUUUCUAUAGCCAAGUCUAAAUUGGCCGAUUUCACCCUAUACGGUAUGCAGUGGACGAAAAACAACUUUGAAUACGCAGCAGGUCAAUGGGAUCAGCUGACAGUAUCGCUGACGUUCUCUCGUGCUUACGGGUUUUAUCUACUACAAAUGUACUUACCUACUUAUUGCUCUGUACUAUUAUCAUUCGUCUCGUUUUGGAUCGACCUGAAAGCGCUACCAGCUCGAAUAACGCUCGGUGUAUCGUCAUUGAUGGCGCUUACCUUCCAGUAUGGAAAUGUUGCGCGGUCAUUGCCCAAAGUUGGCUAUGUCAAAUCAAUCGAUGUUUACAUGGUAAUGAGUACGGGUUUUAUAUUUUUUACAAUGAUUGAAGUGGCCUUCAUUUGUUAUUUGGAAUCCGAGAAUAAUUCGAAGAAGAAAAGGAGACAAAAACAGAAGAAGGAAGAAAGAUUGAACAGCAUAAAUAGGUACUGUAUUUUCAUAUUUAUGAAAUAA